AUGUCCGGCGGCCAGGGUUCCUUCCGGGUGGAGAGCGCUAGCCACGCACGGCAGCUUCACGAUUUCUUCGCCGUCUUCUGGCGGUCUACGCCACACCCGUUCGCUCAGAUGACGAUGCUGCUGCUGUCGUCAGCGCUGGUGGCGACCCUGAAUGACGAGAGGGUGCUAGACGCAGGGCUCCACCUUAGUUCGAACACCGGACGAAGUCUGCAAACAAUCCUGUCCUUCCUGAUCGUGUUCAGAACAAAUCAAUCGUACAACCGCUGGUGGGAGGGAAGAAUAUUGUGGGGCAAGAUGCACUGGUCGUGCGUGGAGUUGACACAACAGGCGGCGGUAUGGAUUGACGACACGCAGCUUGCCCGGCGCAUCAUGAACAUCUCGGUAACGUUUGCCUACGUUGUGAAGCAAAUACUGAGGCGGGAGCAACUCUUUGCCGACGAAAUGGAAGGGGUCAUUGAUGCAGCUGAGGUCGAGCUGAUCAACAACCUGCCGCCUCUGGUGAUGCCUUACUACUGCACGGAAGUAAUGAGGCAGUGCAUUAAGAAGGGGCUGGCUGACAGCCCGCAGGCAUUCGGGACGCAGGCGGUUGCCCGUGGGAUCGAUGUACCCGUGUCGCAGCUGUCGGUGCAGUUCGCCGACAUGGAGCGGGUCCGCAACACGCCCCAGCCGGACUGUUUCAGGGUGAUGCUCCACAUGUUCACCUUGCUCUACCUGCUGGUGCUCCCGGUGAUUUCGUACGACACUCUUGGCUAUUUCGUCGUCCUUGAGAUGCUGGUGACGGCCUACUUGAUGCUGGGACUGCAGAUCGCUGCGGACCAUCUGGAAGACCCCUUCGGGCGCGACGAAUCUGAUCUACAGCUAGACCGGUUUGUUGCCGAAAUCGCCGCGCAGUGCCGCGCGGCCUUCUACCUAGGAAGUAAGAAUGGUGCGGACCUCACGCUUGACGGUGGCGGUGCCACGAACAGCAAGCCUCGACGACCGCCCGGUGACGGUAGUGAGCCUGAUCCCGGAGCAGCCGUGGAGAAGAUGGGCGAUGGAGCUGUAGCAGGCGGUGGCGGCGGCGGCGGCGGCAGUGACGGUGGCGCUAAGUUCAUAAGCACUACAUUGGGGUGGGACACCACGCCCGUUCUUUCGAGUGAAAAGGACAGCACGAGCGCGCUCGGCGUCUCGCCGACGGUUUCACGAGGCGGCGCUAGCUUCGAAAAAAAGGGUGAGGUCUCGUUCGACAGGGGAGGAAGCCUGACUCCCCGCAUGCCGCGACCACCGACCACCGCGGCGUCUGGUCACCAGAUUUCCGUUACCGGAGCUGCGUCGACCUCCCUUCCCCAGCCUUCUGGUCCGACGCCGACCAGUGCUUCGGUUUCCCAAGAUGAGGCGUUAGGCCACGCCGUAGACGCCGCCGCGUCCCGUGGGGGCGGGCAGAGUCCACCCUCUCGGCAGAGCCAGACACCGGUGGCGGGGAUGGUGCCCGAGCGGCAAUCAUCCUUUUACCAGAGCGUCGGCAAGAACGCGGCGCAAUUCGCGAUCGUCUCGGAGUCUUGCCACGAGCCUGAAGAUGACGGGCCCAUCGAAACCGUCGAGAGGCCUUGGCACAACUCGACGCGGGCUGCCUCGACGUGCAGGGACACGUCUACGCCUGUCGGACAAGUCGCAGAUUCAAAUCGGGACCCUUCUCCGGGAAGUUCUGGGCGAUGGCCCUCCCCGCAGUCGGAGGGCGGCGGGGACGUCGGGGUGUCCGUUUCUUCGGCGGUGGCGGGCUUGAUGGCCAGGAACCUCUCGAUCAAGAACCAGCAGCUGAAGGAGGGCCCGUUGCCGGUGCGAAGAGGCAAGCCUCGUCCGGGCAGAGGAAAACCUCCCAUGGUCGACAUGGAGGAGGGGGCGGCGUCGGGGGAUAAGAUGGCGCCCUCAGAAGCAGUGAGUGAGUUCCCGGAGCCUAGGUGGUUCUAG